AUUGAACCUCAAGAUGUCCUUUGGGAGAGAUAUGGAGCUGGAGCAUUUUGAUGAGCGUGAUAAAGCGCAGCGGUAUGGCAGAGGGUCCCGGGUAAAUGGUUUGCCUAGCCCCACCCACAGUGCCCACUGCAGCUUUUACCGAACCCGUACUCUACAGACCCUCAGUUCUGAGAAAAAAGCUAAGAAAGUUCGUUUCUAUCGUAAUGGAGACCGGUAUUUCAAAGGAAUUGUAUAUGCCAUCUCCCCUGACCGGUUUAGAUCCUUUGAGGCUCUGCUGGCUGAUCUGACCCGAACUCUGUCUGACAAUGUGAAUCUGCCCCAGGGAGUGAGAACAAUCUACACUAUUGAUGGCUCCAAGAAGAUUUCCUCCUUGGACCAGCUAGUAGAAGGGGAAAGCUAUGUAUGUGGUUCAAUAGAACCCUUCAAGAAACUGGAGUACACGAAGAAUGUAAACCCAAACUGGUCAGUGAAUGUUAAGACAACUUCUACUUCCCGUUCAGUGCCGUCUCUUGCCACUGCCAAAGGAGGUACUCCAGAUGCGAAAGAGAAUAAGGAUUUCAUUAGGCCUAAGCUAGUCACUAUCAUCAGGAGUGGAGUGAAACCACGUAAAGCGGUCCGGAUCCUGCUUAACAAGAAGACAGCGCAUUCGUUUGAACAGGUUCUUACUGAUAUAACGGACGCCAUCAAGCUGGAUUCAGGGGUGGUUAAACGCUUGUACACACUAGAUGGAAAACAGGUGAUGUGCCUUCAGGAUUUCUUUGGCGAUGAUGACAUUUUUAUUGCCUGUGGACCAGAAAAGUUCCGUUACCAGGACGAUUUCUUGCUGGAUGAAAGUGAAUGUCGGGUAGUGAAAUCCACUUCCUAUACCAAAAUAGCUUCAACUUCACGUAGGAGCACCACCAAGAGCCCAGGCCCAUCUCGACGCAGCAAGUCUCCUGCCUCUACCAGCUCAGUGAAUGGAACCCCUGGUAGCCAGCUUUCUACUCCCCGCUCUGGGAAGUCUCCAAGCCCAUCUCCCACCAGCCCGGGAAGUCUACGGAAACAGAGGAGCUCCCAGCACAGUGGCUCCUCUACCUCAUUAGCAUCCACCAAAGUUUGCAGCUCUAUGGAUGAAAAUGAUGGACCUGCAGAAGAAGUGUUGGAGGAAGGCUUCCAGGUUCCAGCAUCAAUAGCAGAGCGAUAUAAAGUUGGAAGGACUAUAGGAGAUGGAAAUUUUGCUAUUGUGAAGGAGUGUAUAGAAAGAUCAACUGGUAGAGAAUAUGCUCUGAAAAUAAUCAAAAAAAGUAAAUGUAGAGGAAAAGAACACAUGAUCCAGAAUGAGGUAUCUAUUUUAAGACGAGUGAAACAUCCCAAUAUUGUGCUUCUGAUUGAGGAGAUGGACAUGCCAACUGAAUUGUACCUGGUCAUGGAACUUGUGAAGGGAGGAGAUCUUUUUGAUGCUAUUACUUCCACCAACAAAUACACAGAGCGGGAUGCCAGUGGGAUGCUUUACAAUCUGGCCAGUGCCAUCAAGUAUCUUCACAGCUUGAACAUUGUUCACAGGGAUAUCAAGCCUGAGAAUCUACUGGUUUAUGAACAUCAAGAUGGAAGCAAGUCUCUGAAGCUGGGAGACUUUGGCCUAGCGACAAUUGUGGAUGGACCUCUUUAUACUGUUUGUGGGACCCCAACAUAUGUAGCUCCAGAAAUCAUUGCUGAAACUGGAUAUGGCCUGAAGGUGGACAUCUGGGCAGCAGGUGUGAUUACUUACAUCCUGCUCUGUGGUUUUCCUCCAUUCCGUGGAAGUGGAGAUGACCAAGAAGUGCUUUUUGAUCAGAUUUUGAUGGGACAGGUGGAUUUUCCCUCUCCAUACUGGGACAAUGUUUCUGACUCUGCAAAGGAACUUAUCACAAUGAUGCUUCAAGUAGAUGUAGAUCUGCGAUUCUCAGCCUUGCAAGUUCUUGAACAUCCAUGGGUUAAUGACGAUGGCCUUCCAGAGAAUGAACAUCAGCUAUCAGUAGCUGGGAAGAUAAAGAAGCAUUUCAACACAGGCCCUAAACCGAACAGCACAGCAGCUGGAGUUUCUGUCAUAGCAACCACCGCUCUUGAUAAGGAGAGGCAGGUUUUCCGACGAAGACGCAACCAGGAUGUGAGGGGACGUUAUAAGGCACAGCAAGCUCCACCUGAACUCAACUCCGAAUCGGAAGACUAUUCACCAAGUUCAUCCGAGACUGUUCGCUCACCUAACUCACCCUUUUAAUAAAACACUUUUACUCAAAAGUCUUGGCUUUAACCCUUUGAGCCCUGAAAAUCCUUCAGACGUGGGAAGUGAUUACAUCUGAUCUGUCUAGUGCUAAAUGCUUGAAUGGUGAAACACAAAAGGGUGUUUACAGAAUCUUUGUAAGAAUAAUUUCCUAAUUGAUUGAAAUCCUUAUUCUCUGCUUAGAUUGCAACUUGCUGCUAAUAUCAUCCUCAAAGGGUUAAGGCUAUUUUGCUUUUUUAUUUAAAGGUAGAAGCAGUGAAUGUUUUCAUCAGUGAAGCUAGGAACUGCAGUAUGUAAUUUUAGCACAUGUUAACCCUCUGAGUAAACGAUCAACUUAAUCUUGACAGUCCAUACUAGGGUUUUAUUCUGGCUUUUUUGCUUUUAUACGCACAUAUCUUUUAUAGUACCCUAAAGCUCCCUGCCUCUUUCUGGCCAAAACAAUACCAAACACACUAUUGCUUAGGGGCUGCAAAUAUCCGCUUUAAAAACAAAAAUAAAACGAAACAAACAGUAUCUUCUACAGCAGCUCAUUGUAAACGUGCUUCAUACUUCCACAGAAGAGUGACUGUUUUUGGAGGAUAUUAUGCAGAGUAAAUGGGAAAUUCAGUUUAGGGCAGUCUGAUAGUUUACAGAAGAUGACAUGAUGAUGUCCUCAAAAGGUUGCUUCCGUAUCAUUUGCUGGUAAUAACAGUGCAGGAUCUUGGGAAAUGGCUUGAGGACACGUUCUGUCAUGUAAUGGUAUGUAAUGAUCUAAUUUAAAAGUUCCUGGUUCCUUUACCUCACAUUCAAAAAGGUACAGACAACCUCUCAGCAUGACCUGAUUAUUCCAUAGAUAGCCACAGUUAUUCCUGUGGUGAGAGUCACUUUUCAAGAUUAACAUUAAUAGGAGUUACCCUUAAAAUAGCGAGAAGAUUUCUAAAUUUAGGAAAAAGUAAACCUCUUAAAAUAUAUGUAAAGCCUGUGGAUGAAAGCCUUUUCUAAACUGAAUUGGUGAAAGUUUCAUCUUAGAAUGGAGAAACUAAAAAUGAUUCACCAGUCUGUUUGCAAUAUUUAAUAAAAUGGGCAUUUACACAGAGUAUAUAUAUAUAUAUAUAUAUACACAUAUAUAUAUACUUCCGGUUUGUUAAAACCUCAAGACAGCUUUAUAGUAUAUUAUUUAAUCAUUAUCCCAAAGUUGACUUCCACAGAAGUAUUAAGCUUUGUAAAUUUUGGGUUCAAAUACGGUAAUUUGAAAGAAAAUUGAUUAUAAAUUCACUCAGAAUUUCACUUGAAAGAAAAAUGGCACACUUCCAAAAUCCUAUUCUAAAAUAAUAAAUAACAUUAUGAAAUUUAUUCUUUUUCUUAUUACUCAUAUAAGAUUGACCAUAUUUGAAGUUUUCUCCUCUAAAGUUAACAUUUUGUCAUGGUAUUUUUGUAGUCACAUAAUUGUGGUUUACCUUCUCUCUCUCCUUUCUUUCUUUCUCUUUCUCUCUGUUUCAUAUCAUACAGAUAGAAUUAUCGACAUGCUGCCCCAAGAGUGAGGCAGAUUUUGCUGAUCUUUCUGGGAAGUAUAAAUAAAGUUUGGAGGAACAGGGCAAGUUACUCAUAAUGCAAUUUCUAUUCUGAGUUGUGUUUACUCACAGAAUUGUUGCUAAAAGCAGUUGCGGCACUGAAUGUGUACCUGCAGCUUGUUGGCUUCGGGAUAAUGCUCUUCUGCAAUUCUAGUUUCAAGUAUCAGUUGAAACAUCUUUUAAGAAACAUUGAAAUUGUUUUGUGUCUCCAUGCUUCAAAAUGCAUCAUUCAUUUUUUCAGACAUGAGAAUUUAUAUAUUAAAAGCUUUGAAGAUUUUUUUAUACAGGAAUUUCAGUGUUGUGAAUUUUCGCACAAGUGCUGCAAGAAUUUCACACAGAAUGCAAUUGAUUUCACCCAACUUUAAUAAUCUAAAAGUGAAACAUUUAGUCUAAAGUAGAUCUCUAGACUUCCUUGUCAAUACGGAGAUGGGCAUUCCCAAGUCUGAUUCAUCUAUCAUGGACAUGCAUUCUAGGAAUACUCAUGCUUUGGAGACACCUACUGCCCUCGCUCUACUGUAGAAGGAACCCACUGUUGGAAGCUUGUAUCAGUCACCAAACCUCAGAAUAUUAAUUUAGUAGAAUGAAUCUUACCCUAAGCCAUUAGGAAACUAAUCUCUGAAUGGACAUCUAUGGGCAGAAGCUUUGUGCUUGUGCACAGCCUCUUGCAGGAUUUAUGCCUUUAUGGUUGACUAAUGUGUAAUUAACAGUGGGCUGUUGGCUAGAGGUCAACAUUUUAACCCAAGUGAAGUAACCAGGUGGCUUGCUGGCGAGCUCCACAGGGGCAACAAGUGCAUAAAGGAACUGCCAUGCAACAGUACUCAAAUUGCAGGAUCUGGGAAUAAGCUGCAUCUGUGGCAGGUCACUGACCAUGCCCAGCCAACCUGACAUGGACUUGGUAGAUAGGUCAGAGAUAGGCCAGGUAGGGUUGUAAUGUUAAUGUCUCUAGUCCGGUAACAUUUGGAUAGGGCAAGGGUGUGUUUUUGUUUUUUUUUCCCCUGGGACUAAAUCCUCAGCCAAAGUAAAUCCUCCCUUGCCACCUACUUACAUCAGUUUAGAGUAGAUCAGGAUCUGGCACAUGUUCUUUCGGCCUUGCCCUUCCCACAUUAUAUUACAGCUUUCCCUUUAGAUACAGCUCAACCAUGUACAUGCAAGACAUAUUUGGUAAAAAAAAGUUGUCCAUUAAUACCACAUGCUCCUUGACUAUUGGGAAAAUUCGGCAGUCUUAAAACAAAGGCCGAUGUUCAUUCUUAAUUAGGGAAGUUAGGAGAAAAAAAAAAAAAGUUUCGCCUCAUGCAUGCAAAAUAUUAUUCAAAACCUUGUCUGGGAUUUUCCUGUCACCUUUGCUUUGCCUAGGAAUCCAGGGUUAUCAUUAAAAUAAGAUGUUUGGCUCCUUCAUCUUUUACCAUCUUGUAUUACUUAAAAUGUAUUUGAAAAUAAUCCCAGAUCCUAAAAUCCCUACUCAUCCCCAGCAUCUUACAUGUUUCUGAUCUUUGGUUCAUGUUUUAUGAACAUAACUAUAAAAAAAUCUUAAGUUAUUUUUAGGCCUGUGUGAGAUUGAGUUUCAAAUUGCUCAUAGCUGCUUUUUAGGCUUCAAGGAAAAGUAUUGGAAUAUUUAAACUGUUUUAAAAGUUGUAUCGAUGAUGGUUUUAAAUAUAUCCGUAUAUGUAUAAAUAUGUAGGUAUGUAUGCAUAUAUAUGUGUGUGUAUGUAUGUAUGGUUUCAUGGAAAUAGCAAUGGUUUAGGCUUGUUUGCCAACUUCUGCCCUUUUUCUUUUCUAAGCUCUGAAUUCCUGGGGGUAAAUGAAGACAGAAUACAUGGCCCUAAAAAUACUUGGAAACACCAGUGAAAAAGGGAAUCAAAGAUAACAAGCUAUUUCUGAUGUGAUAAUCUGAGAGGCAAUAUAGCAUGUCGUGGCCGUUUUACUGUAAUACAUAGCAGUCCUGCUGACUUUUUUCUUCGUUUCCCUUUCAGAUCAUUGCAUUGGUGCUAAAUGUGACAGAAAUAUUUUAAUGCUUAUUACGUAUACAAGGACAACUUCCUCCCACCUAUGUCUAUGUAGUUAAUUGAGGCACUUAAGGAUGGCAGACACUGUUGGCUCUGUCUAUCACCAAGGAGAUAGAGAGAAGCACUUCCAAAGGGUGAUUCAGGUCAUCUAAUAUUUGGUCUCCAGAGAUGCCUGUCAGUCUGAACUUACUAUUAAAGAGAGAUUAGAGCAGGGUAGCUUCCAGCUUAGUUCCUCUCAAUUAAAUGCAAGUGGGGGUAACAUGGGCUCCAAUCUAAGUGCAAUAUUCUAGUGAGCUUACCCUGAAGUAAGCAAACUUUGAAAUGAAUAUGUUGAACUGGUAGGUGAAAGCACAGGAUUAGUUAAAUGGUUACGUGCUGGGCUUCACCUCAUCUGGAUGUAUCCAUCCAGGAGUUAGGCAUCUAAUCUAAGCCAGUCGUUUAAGCUUCCCUUAUAGUUGCUAGGGACUGGCUUUUCUAGUGGAUAAUUAAAAUUCUAGGGUGGAUGAAUCGCUCACUAGAUGAGACAUCUGUCCUAAAUAUAUUUAGAAUAUGAUUUAUUAACUGAUGAUAUAUGUAAUAUUGCUGUUAGUAAUAAUUUUCAUAGCAUUAAUGUACAAAAAAUCCAGAAUACUACGGUUAUACUCAGAGGGUUAACAGAAAAGCACAAGGCAUGCUGAUUACAUUGGUGUAUCCAAACUGCUUUGCUUUUUUAGCCAGUGUUUGCUGAUUUUUUCAGAAAAUUCUUGGAAAAUUUCAAGUUUGAAAUAAUUUAAGUGUUGUUGUUUAAGGAAUUUCUAUAACCAAAUUAAUCUUAUUUUUAGUUUAACUUAUCACAGGAAUAAUAUGUAUCAUUGAUGCAGUGUAAGUCUGUAGUUAUCAAUUUUAUUAAUUCCACAAGUGAUUCCAGAAAUCUCUCUUUUUUUAAGUACUUACUAUAGAGCUUACAAUGGUGGCAUAGGUGACUGAGACUGUCUUUCUUAUUGGUAAACAAACAAUAUUGUAAUUUCAAGAAAGUCCUAAGAAUCAGCUUUUCAGUUUGGUAGUGUACUAGUUAGGGGAAAGCUAUCUCAUGACAUGCAUUGUGUAAAUCAUCUUUGUAGAUGAAGAUUGUUCAUAUUAAUGAACACAUUCUUUUUCCUUGACAUUGUAGCAGAAACUGUUUACUCGUUAAUGAACAACCAAUACAUUAAUUUGCUUCAGACUGUUAGAGGGGAAAGUGAGAUUCCAGUCAUUGACAAUGUUAUUGCUUUACAGUAGCCCUCAUCUAAUUUAAAUGUGGUGCAUACUACAAUAAGCAAAGCCAAACCUGUGAAUAAACUCCUGAAAAAGC